GGCACACCUUUUGCCUUAAAAAAAAAAAAGAACAAUAUGCAGUGGUAGGUAAGCAAUUUAAGUUUGUGUGAUGUGCAACUAGCAAGAGAUAUCAAAUUCCCAUAAAAUGAUCGGGCCAGUAAUAUAUUGGGCUUCGGCCCAAUUCAGACUGAUUAAAAACGCCCAAUAAACAAGCCCAUACUUUCCGAGUUAAUUCAGAGACUCGACUCAGUCACUCUGAUGCUGCGAAACCAAACGAAAAUGUCGAGAGAUGUUAACGGUAACGGUGUUCCGGCGAGAAACGCCACGAGCUCAGAGAAAGACGACGGAGAACCUCCGUCCAAAAGAGCUUCAAAUAAAAUUCAAGAAGAUUCCGACGUAGACACAGAAACCGAUAAAAAGCAUAGAAGCUCGAGGAAAAAAGCGCGUGAGAGUUCGGAUUCGGAUUCCGAUAGCGAUAAACGAAGCAGGAGGAAGAGGAAAUCACGUAGGAGAUACAGAAGCGAUUCUGAUUCGGAAUCAGAUUCCGGUUCGGAUUCGGAUUCAGAGAGCUACGAAUCCGAACGGUCUGGUUCGGAUUCGGAGUAUUCCGGUUCGGAAUCGGAGACGGUGAGGAAGGAGAGGAAGAAGAAGAAGGAGAAACGAAGGAGGAGAGAGAGGGAGGAAGAGAAGAGGAGAAGGAGGAAAGAGAAAGAGAAGAAGCAAAGGAAGAAGGAGAAAGAAGAAGAGAGAAGGAAGAAAGAGAAACGAAAAGAGAAGAAGAAGGAGAAAAAAGAAAGAGGGAAGAAAGGAGCUGUUACUAAUUUAUGGGGAAAAUAUGGUAUUAUAAGAGAAACUGAUAUGUGGACCAAACGUCCAGAGUUCACUGCAUGGUUGUCAGAAGUUAAGCUGGUGAAUAUGGAGCAUCUGUCUAAUUGGGAAGAAAAACAGAUGUUUAAAGAAUUUAUGGAGGAUCACAACACAGCUACAUUCCCUUCCAAAAAGUAUUACAGUCUUGAUGCUUACUACAGGCGUCAAAUGGAAAAAGAGAUGAAAAAGGGUUUUAAGCAGGUUAAGGCAACAGAACGAACUGUUUUCAAUGAUGAAGAACAGCGCAGGCAAGAAUUGUUGCGAGCACGUGAAAAACAUAAGGAAGAGCAAGUAAUAGCUUUGAAGCGCGAAAUGGAAAGUGGAAUGGCGCAAGCAAUGAAAGAGCAAGCACAACUCAGGGAAGAGAUGGCUUACCAAUACAAGCUCGGCAACUUUGAGGCUGCUGCUGCAAUCCAGAGAAGGUUGGACCCUGAUGCUGCUGUGUAGUAGAUGUAGGACAUUACUUAUUUUGGAUGAGUUAGGUUGGACCCUGAUGCUGCUGGUGUCUAAGGAUAUAAUAUUGCCGUGGAAGGGGCCGGUUUUAUCUGUUCCAAUAGAGGAGUAAGUAUUCAGUGCUAAUAUAGAGCGUUGCUUUGGUAGAAGUUUUGGCUUUGUAUCGGACCAAGUGAGCAAGCAUCUCCAAACUGUCCAAGCUAUACAUGCUCUUAAAAGGUGGCCAUUACCCAUUUUACACGGACAGGUUGAAAUUAACAAUGGCAUGUAAAACAAUCUUUGAUAGUAAAAAUGGGUUUGUGUUUUAUA